AUGUCAUCCUAUAAGGCAAGACCUAAAUUUUCACAUACACAAUGGACCCUGGCAAACGAUCAACGCCGCGAGCCAUGGAAGGAGGGCCAGCUAGAGGGUAAGGAUAGUAAGGAGGGUAAGAAGGAGGGUGAGGAGGGCAAGGAGGAGGGCAAGGACAAGAAGGAUGAUGGUGAAGGUGUUGUUCCUUUUGUUUUUACUUAA